CCGCCCGCCGCCCGCGCCCCGGCCCAGGUGGUGACUAAAGUCCUUCCCACGGCCAUAAAACCUCCCGUGCGGUGACAUCCCCACCAGGGUCGCAUCACUGGAGGAUGGGGACCAGCUCGGGAGACCUGGCUCAGCCCCAGAAUGGGAACCCGGCCCUUGCCCCCCCAUGUCCCCCUGGGAAGGAGCUGCCUGCGGCGGGCAGGGACCCUGGGACGGGCAAGGGGCCCCCCCGGCCGGAGGUGGACAUGCUCUACAGGAUCGAGGACGUGCCCCCCUGGUACCUCUGCAUCCUGCUCGGCUUCCAGCACUACCUGACCUGCUUCAGCGGCACCAUCGCCGUCCCCUUCCUGCUGGCCGAGAGCCUGUGCGUGGGCAAGGACCAGCUCACCGUCAGCUACCUCAUCGGCACCAUCUUCACCUGUGUCGGCAUCACCACCCUCAUCCAGACCACCGUGGGCAUCAGGCUGCCCCUGUUCCAGGCGAGCGCGCUGGCUUUCCUCGUCCCCGCCAAGUCCAUCCUGGCGCUGGAGAAGUGGCAAUGCCCCCCUGAAGAGCAGAUCUACGGCAACUGGACCCUGCCGCUCAACACCUCCCACGUGUGGCAGCCCCGCAUGCGAGAGAUCCAGGGGGCCAUCGUGGUGUCCAGCCUGGUGGAGGUGGUCAUUGGGCUGCUGGGGCUCCCCGGGGCGCUGCUCAGCUACAUCGGGCCGCUGACCGUCACCCCCACCGUCUCCCUCAUCGGACUCUCCGUCUUCCAGGCAGCGGGCGAGCGGGCCGGCUCCCACUGGGGCAUCGCCGCGCUGACCAUCUUCCUGAUUGUGCUGUUUGCCCAGUACCUGCGGCACAUCACCAUCCGCCUGCCCGGCUACCGGCGUGGCCGUGGCUUUGUCCUGCUCCGUGUCCAGAUCUUCAAGCUGUUCCCAAUCAUCCUGGCCAUCAUGGUGGUGUGGCUGCUCUGCUACGUGCUGACACGCACCGGGGUCUUCCCCAGCCAGCCCGACGCGUACGGCUACAAGGCCCGGACGGACGCCCGGGGGGAGAUCCUGUCCGUGGCCCCCUGGUUUCGGGUCCCCUACCCCUGUCAGUGGGGUCUGCCCACGGUGACCUCAGCAGCCGUGCUGGGCAUGUUCAGUGCCACGCUGGCGGGCAUCAUCGAGUCCAUCGGGGACUACUACUCCUGCGCCCGGCUGGCAGGAGCCCCUGCUCCCCCUGUGCACGCCAUCAACAGGGGCAUUUUCACAGAAGGCAUCUCCUGCAUCAUCGCGGGGCUGCUGGGAACCGGCAACGGCUCCACCUCCUCCAGCCCCAACAUCGGUGUCCUGGGCAUCACCAAGGUGGGGAGCAGGAGGGUGAUACAAUACGGGGCCGGCAUCAUGCUCAUCCUGGGCACCAUCGGCAAGUUCACGGCGCUGUUCGCCUCCCUGCCCGACCCCAUCCUCGGCGGGAUGUUCUGCACCUUGUUCGGCAUGAUCACGGCCGUCGGCCUCUCCAACCUGCAGUUCGUGGACAUGAACUCCUCCCGCAACCUCUUUGUGCUGGGUUUCGCCAUGUUUUUUGGGCUGACGCUGCCAAACUACCUGGAUUCGCACCCCAAGGCCAUUAACACAGGUGUCCCCGAGCUGGACCAGAUACUGACCGUGCUGCUAACGACGGAGAUGUUCGUCGGGGGAACCAUCGCCUUCAUCCUGGACAACACCAUCCCGGGGACGCAGGAGGAGCGAGGGCUGGUGCAGUGGAAGGCGGGCGCGCACGCGGACAGCGCGGCCAGAGCCAGCCUGAGGAGCUACGACUUCCCGGUGGGGAUGAGCGUGGUGCGGAGGAGCCGCUGGCUGCGGCACGUGCCCAUCUGCCCCGUGUUCACCGGGUUUAAGGCCCGGGCGAGGGGCAGCGGCGCGGCGGCCGCAGACGCGCAGGACACGGCGGACGGGGUCUCGGUGUGCACCAAGGUCUGAGCGAGGGGAGGGAUCGUGCCCUGGGCAGAGAGGCCGAGCCGAGCUCCCGCAGGGCUGUCGGGGUUCGGGAGCAUCCACCAAGUCCCAAGGCAAGGCUGCUGGUGCACGGCUCCGACACACAGCUGGGGAGACCCAAAGGUGGCUCUUGGGGACAUCCCCAGCUCCUGAGGACCAUCGCCCCCUGUGCCAUUGCUCCACCUCAAGCUGUAGCUGCUUGAGACUCGUUCAGCACUUGCUGAAGCUCGUUAGCCAUCACCAGAGCCAGCCAGAGCCCUCGGAACCACAAACCCCCUGCCGGGACCGGGAAUUCCCGCAUCGUGCCUUGGCUUGGGCAGGGUGACCCGGCGGCCCGAGUGGGCUCUGUGCAGGGCACAGAAUGCAGACCAGCAUUAGGAUGCCUAUUUUAAGAUCACAAAUUUAAAUAAAAAUUAAAAAUUCAA